AUGUGUAAAUUAAAAAGUAAAAUUGAUAUACUUGCAAGAGCGAUACAGGGUGUUCUAACUUUAAUGAAAAAAGAAACACUGAUCACUAACACAAAUGUCGAAUAUCUCAAACAAAGCUAUUUCGAAGAUAAGGAGAGAGAGAAAGAGAGAGAUUUCGUUACUGUGGUACUUGCUGUAGUGGGUUGUUCUUGUAGCAUGAUUAUUGAAGCAAACUAA